UAAUAUAUAUUAUUUUUUUAUGUAUGUACAAAUAAUUGGGCGUUUUAUGUAUAUACAACAUCAUUGGGCGAGUUCUAGCCGGCAAAGCGGCAUGCUUAUCAGGUGAUUGAAUAUGAUUGGUUGGACCUAUAAAUAACAACCAAUUAUGUUCAUUUACUUGAUGAGCAGCUAGUCUGCUUUGUCAACUUACGCGCUCAUUGAUUUUUACCUAUGAAUCCAACCAAUCAUGUUUAAUUGUUCGAUGGGCAGUACCUACUCAUCUAAUUGUUUCGUAUAAAUAAAAGAAUUUUAAGGAAAUAUUGGAUUAUUCGUAAGAUUGAAGUAGCUGGUCAUAAGUGAAACGAUAGAAUAUGUAAAUUGCUGCGUAUUCACAGUCAUGGUGUUUUCUUCCAUAGUUUCACAAUACACAGCAUGACAAUGGAUUGCAAUAGAUGACGGAAUCUUAACCUUUUUCUUUUUUUUUUUACGAUAACCUAACCUCUCUCUAGAUAUCGGCUGACCGAGCGCUGACUGAUCGCUUUAACUCAAAUGACAUAUCUCGCGCGAAAGUCCUGCUGUUCAUCAAGUAAAAGGCUUCCAAUUAAAAAGCGAGAGUAAUAAACAAUGAACGUACAAACGAGACACCCUUACGAGGGUUUGCUACACAAAUAUACGAAUGCCAUGAAGGGCUGGCAAUACCGUUGGUUUAUUUUGAGUCCAGAGACCGGCGAGUUGCAUUACUUUCUCAGCGAAUCUGAGAAGAAUCAAAGGCCACGGUGUUCAAUUUAUCUAGCAGGAGCUGUAAUAGCCCCCAGUGACGAAGAUUCUAACACAUUCACCGUCAAUUCUGCUACUGUUUUCAAUAUCUUUUCAGGUGACAUGAUCAAACUACGAGCCACAGAUGCACGAGCACGCCAGGAAUGGGUCGAUAAGUUACGAGCAGUCACAGAAAUGUAUACUAGAGCGAUAGCCAGCAGCCAUCCUCCAUUGCCACCACGAGAACAUUCUGGAAAUUCGAGUAGGAAUCCUGUCGUUAAGCUGGAAGUAUUGGAUGCCUUUGCCAAUUGCCAGGAACAAUUGAGAAAGGUGGAGAAGCACAAUCUUGCCCUAGCACAAUCUAUUGAAAACUCGGAUUUACAUCUGGACUCUGAUCUCUUAGUUCUCAAAGCUAUGGCGCAUACCACUUUGCAUACACUGAGCCAAUGUCUUAACAUAUUAUAUCAGUAGGAAGUUAAUCAUCUAUUUUUAUGCUUAUCAAUAUUGAGAUUUUUAUACUCGUGAAUAUGUAAGAUUAUCUUCUCCGUCAUGCAACAUUCAUACUAUUUUAUUUUAAACAAUUAUGUACUUAUCUAUAAUUAAAGCUAGCUUUAGACGUA